ACCUAUUCUUACAGCUCUCUAGAGACAAGAAUGACAAAAUCUUGUUAAUUGAAAUCUGGUAGGCUUAAAAUUUCAGUAAAAUGAUGCUAAAUUAAAGUAUAAAAAUCUCGAUUUAAAAAAUGCGACAUUAGAUAUAUAAUAAUUCACGAAAUGGUUGUGUAUUCUGAACAUGUAGCUCUGAAUUUGCCAACCAGCGAUAAUAUUUAUGAGAAAAGAAGAACCAGGAGUUGGAAAAGGCAAUGGCACCAUUUAUCAAAACUGCAGAAGAACUGCAUAUAUAUUUUUACUGCCCUUAUAUGUAUUACCCUAUUUUAUAUAUUAUCUAAUAGUCCAGAUGAAACUGCUAUUGAUGUACAGGUUGAAGAAAAUCAGCUUAAGCCAGUUAUUCCUUUAGAAUUGAAGUUCAAUGAAAAAUUCUUGGAAGAUCAGGAGAGAGUUAUUGAAGACCCAAAGGAUGCUGAACUCGUUAAUGUUAAUGGGGUGAUACCAAAGGACAAAAGAAGGACAACAUUUUCUGGACCAAGUACUUCAAGGCAGGUUGCAGUUGUUAAGGCAUUCAAGCAUGCCUGGAAAGGGUAUAGACAAUAUGCUUGGGGUCACGACCAUUUGAAACCCAUAUCAAAAAACCACCAAGACUGGUUUGGGCUAGGAUUAACUAUUGUAGAUUCUAUUGAUACUAUUUAUAUUAUGGGACUUGAAAAAGAAUACUUAGAAGCUAGAGACUGGAUUGAUAAACAUUUACAAUUUGAUAUUAAUAGGGAUGUUAAUUUAUUUGAAGUAACUAUUAGAGUUUUGGGAGGAUUACUCAGUAUUUAUCAUUUAACUUCUGAUAGAAUGUAUUUGGAGAAAUCAGUGGAUUUAGGUGAUCGUCUCAUGGCCUGCUUUGAUACAGAUUCAGGGAUUCCUUUUUCUGAUGUAAACUUAUUCACUAGAAAAGCCCAUUCCCCAAAGUGGUCACCAGACAGUAGUACAUCAGAAGUUACUACCAUACAAUUAGAAUUCAGAGACUUAAGUAGAAUAACUGGAGAUCCGAAGUAUGAAGACGCUGUUUCAAGAGUAUCUCAACUUGUACAUAAUCUGGAAAAAACAGAAGGUUUAGUUCCUAUUUUCAUCAAUCCAAAUACUGGACAGUUUAGAUUUGCAUCAACAAUUACUUUAGGAGCUAGAGGUGAUAGCUACUAUGAAUAUUUGUUGAAGCAGUGGCUUCAGACUGGAAAAACUAUAGAUUAUCUGAAAGAUGAUUAUGUUACUGCCAUAAGUGGAGUACAAGAACGUCUUGUUAGAAAAACAGUUCCAAAUGGAUUUAUUUUUAUUGGAGAACUUUUGAAUGGGGGAAAAGAUUUCAAACCUAAAAUGGACCAUCUUACCUGCUAUUUACCAGGUACACUCGUUCUAGGUGUACACAAUGGUCUUCCAGACAGUCAUAAGAAAUUAGCAGAAGAUUUAUCUACAACAUGUUAUCAAACUUACGCUCGACAUCCAACAUUUUUGUCACCAGAAAUAACAUAUUUCAAUAUUCAGGGUGAAAGCUCAAAUGACUUCUAUGUUAAAAUAAACGAUGCGCACAAUCUACUUCGUCCAGAAUUUGUUGAAAGUCUUUGGUAUAUGUACCAAUUCAGUGGAAACUCCACCUAUCAAGAUUGGGGAUGGCAGAUAUUCCAGGGCUUUGAGAAUUUUACGAAAGUACCUAACGGAUACACAUCAAUAGGGAAUGUACGAAGUGCGAUAGAUGUUCGUCCCAAGGAUAUGAUGGAAUCUUUUUUUUUAGCUGAAACACUAAAGUACUUCUAUUUGCUAUUUAGCGAUGACCCAAAAUUAAUAGAUCUUGAUAAGUAUGUUGUAAAUACGGAAGCACAUAUUUUACCAAUACAUAAUUUGUGAUUCUAAUGAAAAGUUGUGACAAUCUAGUCAGGUUAUUUCAAAGAUUGAAGUUUUUAUAAUUUGGAUAAAUGUUUUCUCAAACUAGGAAAUUAAGGAACAAACGAAUUUAGUAAACAAGAUUUCAGUGUACAAAAAAUUGUUGUUUGUAUGUGUGAUAGCUUUGAUAGCUCCCUGAAAAGUAUUUCAUGUCUCCUUGAGAUUGGACUACAGUAGAACCCCUGUUAUCUUAGGUAAUGUGGGUGGAGAACAGCAUUGGAUUAUUUAAAACUUGUAUCAUCCAGAUUUAUUUUAUCUAUUAAAAAAAUAUAAACAUAAAUACUUAAACACUAAAGUUUUAUAUCCUGAAAAAAUUGUUUUUUCUAUACUGUAAUAGAUGAAUAAACAUUAUGGGAUUCUGAUGAUUAUGAAUAGAAAUACCAUAAAUAUGAAUAUAUACAUAUAGCUUGGCGGCUGAAAAAUAGGACCACAACAAAAAAAUAAAAAAUUUAUAGAGCAUAGACCACAAAUCUUGGAUAAUCAGGGUUUAAUACCUUGACUAGGUUACUCUGGAGCUCUGAUAAUAGCGAUGCAGUGAAUGAGGGUUCUACUAUAAAUAUUUUUCUGUUUCAGUUUUUCGAGCUGAAUGAAUGUUUAAUCAAAAUACAUCUUUUAUAAAAGCAUGCCAUUUUGAUAUUUUUUGAAAAUUUGUUGUGAAUUAUGGAUAUAAAAUUUGAAUUUUACAUUAUUUUAUAUUCAGUAUAUAAUUGAUUGUUAUCCAGUAUUUUCUGAGUUUGUUGGUUGAAAUGAAUAACAUGUUAUAGUGUUGAAGAUAAAUGUAUAGUUUCGUUGAUGCAUUUGAAAACCCUUUUUAUUCAAUUAUGAAAAAGUUGAAAUAGAUUUACUCUAAGACAAAUUAAAUGUGGAAGUUUUUUGAUGUAGUGAACUGAGAAAUUUUUUAAUGGAGCCAACUAAGUAAUUUUUCAAUAUUUGGUUUCUAAUUAGGUGAAUUUACUAUUUCAUUAUUAUUUUUAAUGAACACUCAGACAAAGCUGAAUAUGAUUUUAAUAAAAUUUGUAUUAGAUUUGUGUUUUUAUAAAUCUUUUUCAUAUUAAAUCUCUGAAAACUUUUGGCUAAAUA